AUGUAUAAUUUCCUGAAGGAACUAGAAGCUAAACGAAGGUUCAAAAGACAGCAACGAGAGCUCAUGGGUGAGCCGGCAGAGGAGCAUCCGCCGGCGUUGACAGGGGACAUGGUAAUUGGAAAAGUGGGAUUUGAAGGCGUCACGUGGAGUCCUCGUCCGGAUUGUCCUUAUGAGUAUAAAGGUCCCAACCCACUGCCACUUAGAAAUAGAAUUGAUCAGGAAGAUAUGAGCAUGGAUUUCUCUAAUCAACCAGCACCCCAAGAACAAGGAACUCCAGAAGUUCUGAGAACUCACUCUCAAGAGGAAAUUCAAGAGCAUUAUCGCAUGCUUGGAAUUCCUAUGGGACAAAAAAUUGCAAGAACUGAUAAAAAUGGAUCUUCUGGAACAGAUGAUAGUGAAUCUGGUGCUCAAACGAGUCAAGGACCAAUCGGCUCAGGAUCAGAAGAUCUAUUUGUAACUAUGGGAGACUUUUUCGAGAAUGUCCAAACGGACUUUGGAGGUCACAACAUGGAAUCAAUGGAUAAAAUAACUCCAAUGGAAAUGGAUUUUGGCGAACCAGUUAGAGGAGCUCCAAUCUAUGGAGGACCUCCAAAAUCGGCUUCAGCUCGUAAGCCUGCUCCACUGAACCUCGGGGGGCCUAUGAGAUAUGACCUGUAUGAGCCAAGAUCUAGUGGUUCCAAGCGAGGAGGUCCUACCACCUACGGUCAGUUCCGCGAAGGACAGCCAGCUCCAACUCCACCGAUCCAUACACCAGCUUCAAUGGACAUUGGAAGACCAAUGUCAGCUCAGUCAGUGUCCACCUUCGGUAGGUUAACGGCUACACCCAUCAGGGAUCCGAUUCAACCGUCGGGACCAACUACAGGAGCUCUAUCGGUUGUUUCUAUCAAUUGUACCAACGGUCCAGACGGGGCAGGUGCAUCUCAAGAUCCCGAACCAGCCAGAAGCCAUCUUGAGAAUAUGAUUCUGCAACUUGAAAGAGGAUAUCGCGAGCGCCUUCAUAAAAAGGAUCUGGAAAUUGGGAUACUCAGAACAUCGAAUAAUUUCCUUCACAAAGCUCUCAAGGAAAAAAACGACCAUUGUGCUCAAUUCCACUCGUCCAUGACUACCAUCAGUACCCCAGGAUCUUCUGGAACAAACUCUCCCAUGGUCUCUGCCAAACCCACAAUGUCAUUUGAGAAUGCGCUGGCGAUCUUCCAGGAAUGGAUGAAGAAUACAAAGCCGCAGAUUGAGAGGAAUAUGGGGAUUGAAUUCGAAUCACUCUCAGUUGAGCAGCAAACCAAAUGGAAUGCAUGUGCGCAGCUUUUGACAAAAUACCAGUGGGAGUUGAGUGGAUUGGACUUGAUUCAACCAAUGACUGUGGAGCAAAAAACUCAAAAAGAUUCGGAGAAGAGAAUGGGAAGGAAACGAGGAGGUUCUAGUGGAGAGAUGACAGGCGGCGUUUGA